AUGUUGCCUGACAGAGCAGAGGAGCUGUUGUCGGCCACACGGAUCGAGAGCAAGCGUCUGGCAAGCAUGGUGAAGCAUUUAAGCGAAAAGAGGCUCGAAGCGGCGAAGCUCGUACAGCGAGGUACGGAGGACUUGCAGACAUCACUGCGAGAAGUGGCCUUGGUCGCACAGAAGGAAGAGUCCACACUGAUGCAAGAAGCAGACACACGUGCUUCUGAAACAGUGCGGCUGCAGAGGCAGGAGGAACAAAAGGGGCACCUUGCCGAAGCUUACAGACAGUUAUCUGAGUUUUUCCAGGUUGGUGAUGCCGUGCCUGCCUUGAAAUGGUACGCCCGUCUCCAGAAGGAGUUGCGCUCUCCUGACAGAGUGGCAGGCGCAGCUGCUCUUCAGCAGGUGAGGUUGCAGCAAGGUUCCUUUUCCCGCACCUGCUGCCGACUUAAGGAGGUCACGAAUCGUGUGGCAUCCGUCAAGGCACCACAGGCAGAGGCAGGAGCCCCAGCCGGAUUGCUCUCGUGGCUUCUGAAGCCAAGAGAGUGCGGAUCAGAACCAACUGUCCAACCAACCAAGUUUACACAACCUAAAUGCAUUUUUGAACAGCCAAAACCGCCGUUUGCGCAACCAAAACAGACCGAUUCAACAACCAAGAAACCAACAUCAUGA